AUGACGACCACCAUGAAACCGCAGACCCUGGAGAUGACCUUCUGGGAGAACGUGCCCCCUGCUGGUGGCAGGCAGACAGGCAUGCCCACCGAGCCCGCCGGCAGCUCCCCACGCCCACCCCAGACAGGCGUGCCCACCGAGCCCGCCAGCAGCUCCCCACGCCCACCCCAGACAGGCGUGCCCACCGAGCCCGCCAGCAGCUCCCCACGCCCACCCCAGACAGGCGUGCCCACCGAGCCCGCCAGCAGCUCCCCACGCCCACCCCAGACAGGCGUGCCCACCGAGCCCGCCAGCAGCUCCCCACGCCCACCCCAGACAGGCGUGCCCACCGAGCCCGCCAGCAGCUCCCCACGCCCACCCCAGACAGGCGUGCCCACCGAGCCCGCCAGCAGCUCCCCACGCCCACCCCAGACAGGCGUGCCCACCGAGCCCGCCAGCAGCUCCCCACGCCCACCCCAGACAGGCGUGCCCACCGAGCCCGCCAGCAGCUCCCCACGCCCACCCCAGACAGGCGUGCCCACCGAGCCCGCCAGCAGCUCCCCACGCCCACCCCAGACAGGCGUGCCCACCGAGCCCGCCAGCAGCUCCCCACGCCCACCCCAGACAGGCGUGCCCACCGAGCCCGCCAGCAGCUCCCCACGCCCACCCCAGACAGGCGUGCCCACCGAGCCCGCCAGCAGCUCCCCACGCCCACCCCAGACAGGCGUGCCCACCGAGCCCGCCAGCAGCUCCCCACGCCCACCCCAGACAGGCGUGCCCACCGAGCCCGCCAGCAGCUCCCCACGCCCACCCCAGACAGGCGUGCCCACCGAGCCCGCCAGCAGCUCCCCACGCCCACCCCAGACAGGCGUGCCCACCGAGCCCGCCAGCAGCUCCCCACGCCCACCCCAGACAGGCGUGCCCACCGAGCCCGCCAGCAGCUCCCCACGCCCACCCCAGACAGGCGUGCCCACCGAGCCCGCCAGCAGCUCCCCACGCCCACCCCAGACAGGCGUGCCCACCGAGCCCGCCAGCAGCUCCCCACGCCCACCCCAGACAGGCGUGCCCACCGAGCCCGCCAGCAGCUCCCCACGCCCACCCCAGACAGGCGUGCCCACCGAGCCCGCCAGCAGCUCCCCACGCCCACCCCAGACAGGCGUGCCCACCGAGCCCGCCAGCAGCUCCCCACGCCCACCCCAGACAGGCGUGCCCACCGAGCCCGCCAGCAGCUCCCCACGCCCACCCCAGACAGGCGUGCCCACCGAGCCCGCCAGCAGCUCCCCACGCCCACCCCAGACAGGCGUGCCCACCGAGCCCGCCAGCAGCUCCCCACGCCCACCCCAGACAGGCGUGCCCACCGAGCCCGCCAGCAGCUCCCCACGCCCACCCCAGACAGGCGUGCCCACCGAGCCCGCCAGCAGCUCCCCACGCCCACCCCAGACAGGCGUGCCCACCGAGCCCGCCAGCAGCUCCCCACGCCCACCCCAGACAGGCGUGCCCACCGAGCCCGCCAGCAGCUCCCCACGCCCACCCCAGACAGGCGUGCCCACCGAGCCCGCCAGCAGCUCCCCACGCCCACCCCAGACAGGCGUGCCCACCGAGCCCGCCAGCAGCUCCCCACGCCCACCCCAGACAGGCGUGCCCACCGAGCCCGCCAGCAGCUCCCCACGCCCACCCCAGACAGGCGUGCCCACCGAGCCCGCCAGCAGCUCCCCACGCCCACCCCAGACAGGCGUGCCCACCGAGCCCGCCAGCAGCUCCCCACGCCCACCCCAGACAGGCGUGCCCACCGAGCCCGCCAGCAGCUCCCCACGCCCACCCCAGACAGGCGUGCCCACCGAGCCCGCCAGCAGCUCCCCACGCCCACCCCAGACAGGCGUGCCCACCGAGCCCGCCAGCAGCUCCCCACGCCCACCCCAGACAGGCGUGCCCACCGAGCCCGCCAGCAGCUCCCCACGCCCACCCCAGACAGGCGUGCCCACCGAGCCCGCCAGCAGCUCCCCACGCCCACCCCAGACAGGCGUGCCCACCGAGCCCGCCAGCAGCUCCCCACGCCCACCCCAGACAGGCGUGCCCACCGAGCCCGCCAGCAGCUCCCCACGCCCACCCCAGACAGGCGUGCCCACCGAGCCCGCCAGCAGCUCCCCACGCCCACCCCAGACAGGCGUGCCCACCGAGCCCGCCAGCAGCUCCCCACGCCCACCCCAGACAGGCGUGCCCACCGAGCCCGCCAGCAGCUCCCCACGCCCACCCCAGACAGGCGUGCCCACCGAGCCCCCCAGCAGCUCCCCACACCCACCCCAGACAGGCAUGCCCACUGAGCCUGCCGGCAGCUCAUGCUCACACACUUGCACUCAUCCCUGCAGGCUGAGACCCUGGAAGGAGAGGGUCAGGUCGCCAGAAGGAGGCCGGCACCAGCACCAGCACCCCGGGCAGGAACACGCCGGAGUGGCACGGGUGGGCUUGGAGCGGGGGCUCACCAAGGCCAUGGCCACCUGCGGGGUCUGA